AUGACCAAGUUCUAUUCAAGAACCCCUACUUCUUUUUUUUCUUCUUUUUAUAAUGAUGAUUAUGUUGUUUUGAAUGAAACUGAAAAUAUAUCGUCAGUUGAGAAGGAAGUAGAACUUUACGAUAAUUUACUUGAAAUUUCUAAAUAUCAUAUAACAGAUAAAGAUUAUUAUUUUGGCAAUAUUAAGGGGUUCGAAUAUGUUGCUAAGGGAGCUUUGUGGUUUUUUUGGAACGUGGUAGAGAUCUCAAAAUUCUAG